ACAAGCUGGAAUGGGCAGUGCCAUGGGCCUGUGAGUAACAGCUGAACACUUGUAAAGAAGACUGGGGUCUGGACUGGCCACGGGGCUUGCGCUUUGAAAGCACAAUACGUUUUCAAGCCACUCGGGGAGAGGGAGCCAGCAACAACGCUACACAAUCAGCGCAGCCAAGGAGACCGGAGAAGAACUUUCCCCCAAAUUCCCGACUCAGAGAGGGGGAGAAAAGAAGGGGAGAAGCGCCAAACAAAAUAAUUCUUAGCUUCCAGCAAAACAAUAACUUCAAAUACAAAUUCAAUGAGAUAUGCGUAACGGACCGGCGUCUCCAGCAAGAAUCCGCUACUUGUAAUUCAACAUUCUGAUUCGGAAUAUCUAAAACCACGGAUUGAGUGCUGCAGCAACACUGAAUGAAACAAAGUUGCGUAAAAAAAAACAGAAUGGAAACGAUAAUGCGAAUCACGUGGGCACUUCUUCCACUUGGUCUUCUACUUCACUGUACUGAUGCUAAUCCAAAGCAACAACCCUCAUCCUCUUCAUAUAUAGCCUCCAACACCACCACAAUUACAGCUGGCGUCACAGCCACCCCGUCACCGAUAUCAACUCAGGUGACUAGUGUAGUCUCUAACACAGCCACCCUGUCACCGAUAUCAACUCAGGUGACUAGUGUAGUCUCUAACACAGCCACCCUGUCACCGAUAUCAACUCAGGUGACUAGUGUAGUCUCUAACACAGCCACCCUGUCACCGAUAUCAACUCAGGUGACUAGUGUAGUCUCUAACACAGCCACCCUGUCACCGAUAUCAACUCAGGUGACUAGUGUAGUCUCUAACACAGCCACCCUGUCACCGAUAUCAACUCACAAGGUGACUAGUGUAGUCUCUAACACAGCCACCCUGUCACCGAUAUCAACUCACAAGGUGACUAGUGUAGUCUCUAACACAGCCAGAAUCACAACAGCCAGCAUCACACCCGGGACCAGCAUUGUUACUGCCGUGGGUACUGCUGGAACAGGGGCCUCUGGGUCCUCAGGAACCCUCACUCAGACCACCCCGGACACUACAGAAGUCACAGAGGUUUCAACUACAACAUCGGCUGGCCCAACCCCAUGGUCAGCAUCGUCCUUUCCUUCCCAUCCCCCCUCCACAUCCAGCCGUGUGGGUUCAGGCAGCAGUCUUGCUACCACCACGACCAGCACACAGGGAUGGAUGGUGUCUACAACCACGGCUGAGACUACAACUCCUCCCAAGAGCUUUACGUUUGUCAAGUCCCAAAAUGGAGAGAAUUACGAGAGGAAGGACCUGGAGGAACUGUGUCGACAGCUGAUGUCUCAGAUGCACGACGCUAACUGUACUCUGACUGUGAGAGAGAACAACGGACACACUACCUUUGACAGCGUGGUAAUGACCGGUAAAGUGGACAAUUCUGUCGUGCAGCAAUACUACGAGGAAAUCACCAGAAAACCAAGCGACAACAUGACCCUGAUUGCCAUCUUGGCAUCCUGCGGAGCUCUGCUGGCCAUGAUUGUAGGCUUCGCCAUCUACGCCUCAUACCACCGCAAGUCCUAUCGGAAGAACCUCCAACAACACCUGACGGAGGAGCUGCAGACAGUAGAGGACGGUUACCAUGACAACCCCACAUUGGAGGUGAUGGAGGUGCAGCCGGAGAUGCAGGAGAAGAAGGUGGCCUUGUACGGAGAGUUCAACGACAGCUGGAUUGUCCCCAUCGACAGCCUGCUCAAAGAGGACAUGCCAGACGAGGAGGACACUCACUUGUAGAGGAGGAGUGGAACAGACAGGGGUGCUACUAUAAUCUCUCGACCAACUGACUCUCCCUUCCCUGCACCGUUACAAGGGCCCUGUUUAGUAGAGUUCUAGCUCCAAACGUUGCAGGUAGAAAUGUAUUCUAUAUAGAAUAUAUACACAACUUUAAAUAAUGGUAUUUGAGAAUUGCACAAUUGUGACAGUUCUAUGCAAUGCAUUUCUAUCCGCAACACUUUUAAUGUUCCUCCCCACUGAACCAGACCCAAGGCAACGACAGACACCACCUGACAAAUCUGGAGAAAAUAAACACCCAGAUGACAGGUUCUGGAAACCCAUCCGGCCUAAACGGGUGUCUGAGUCCCAUCGCUGUGGCCAUGGAAAAGUAACAGGCCAUUUAGUGGAUACUACACCAAGCAACAUUGUGUCUAGUUUUAGGAGAUAUUCAAUAUUUGGGAAAUGUAACUCUCAAACAUACACAAUCCCAUUUUAAGAGGCAUUGAGCGUUUAAGGUACUUGAUGUACCGCUACACAGUUAUUGAUUUAAUUGGGAAAACCAAACCACCAAUAUUUCAGGGUGGAGUUUAUGAAGCGGUCUAAACUAAAAUCUGCAUGUUUUUAUUCUGUAAUCAACAUAAUCCCUAAAAGUGCAUUGAAUUGUACACUUGAGCACCUGUACAUAGUAUUUUCUUAUAUUUUCAGAGAAAAUGGAAGCUGAAACUUUGUAAACUAACACUGCCUUUAUGGUUAAAUCUCAAUAGUAUUGAUUUAAAGAAAAUGACCUCAGGAUAAAGUGAAAUAAUCAUCCUGGUGAAUGAAUUAAACUACUAGUGAAUCUCAGCUCUUGACGACCUGGCAUUGGCUGCUGUAUAGAAGCCAUUUACUGGUUCAACUGAGCACAGUGAACCACACUAAUGAAACAACAGGCUCCAUGGAGACGCUGCUGGGACAGGAGCGUCUACAGAUAUGAAGGGGAAAAACACUGUAAAUAGUCAUUUGAAAAUUCUAAAGAACUUGACCUAGGACCAGUUUCCUGGACAUAGAUAAAGCCGACCCUUGGACUUAAGAGCCCUUUCAACAAUGCUUUUUAGUCUAGGACUGGGGUUGCUCUGUAUCAGGGAAGCUGGCCCCUAAAGAUACAUCUUUUCUUGUUUGCUGAUGUUGAAGGUUACAUAGGCCUCUGCACAUUUUAAUUUGUUGUUUGUUACAUUUCUAUUCAGUUGAUUUGACGAAAAAGGGUAUUUAAAUAUCCAUGUGAUUAUCUGGCAAAAUGUAUUCCAAUUCAUGUAUAAUUCACAUGGACACAAUAAUUCCCAAUUAUAUUUAAGCUGUAAAAAUCAACCAACACCAAACAAUCCACCACUUAUUCCACACAUUCCUGUGUCGUUUGUCAUUAGUUCUGUACAGUCGCUCACUCGUAUUUUAUUUCUUUUAUAUGAAAAUAUUUAGCAGUUAUUGUAUGUAUUUAUGGUUUGUUUGCUGAUGAAGCCAAACAACAGGGGGUCUGACACACUGGAAGCUGCGCCUCGUCUAUCAUGACCAGGGCAGCCAUGUUUUCUUAUACCAAUAAAGAUUUGCCUAUAAAACACA